GAAAGGUUAAGUUUUGAUAAAUGCAAGUUGAGAUCAGUAUUUACCGGAAAAAUGGUCGAAAUAGAUUGGAAUCGUGUGUUAUCCAUAAAUCCGGUGUCUCUCAAAGACGAAGAAAUCGAAGAUUUUUAUCCUAUGGUGGCAGAAUGCGAUAUAGAGGAAGUUAGUAACAUACAUAACCUCAAAGCCUUAUUCAAGAUUUCACAGGAAAUAUUACAAUAUAGGGAUAAUCAGGUCGAAACAUUAAUAACAGAAUGUGAUGAAUUAAAAGAAAGGAAUCUUGAGGCAAAACCGUUUUCUCCUCUUAAACAAAAGUCAGGGAGGAAAUCGGAAGUUAUGGAUGAAAGUGGAAUUGAUUCGCAGCGUGACUCUGGAUACGAAGAAAGUGUUCAAGAAAUGAUACGUGAGAAAAACAGUAAAAUAGAAACACUCAUGCAAGAACUUGAGGGCUUAGAGCAAGAAAAUACAGUACUAAAAAACAAUUUAACAUUAUUAAAAGAUGAAAUGGAAGAUGCUACAGAGAAAAUGAAUGAAAUGUCUGACGAAGUAGAGAAUCUUCGUGAUAAUGUUAAUAUUUAUAAAGAGAAAUCAGAGCAAUUGGAACAAGAAAAUAGUGCACUUUUAACGCAAAUUGAGGAAUUGGCUGCUCAACAAGUAGAUAGGGAUAAACUUAUUGACGAUUUUGGUGCAGCUAUUGAUGCCAGAAUUGUGGAGUGGAAAAGUAUUUUAGAUGAAAAAGAUACCGAAAUUAUACAACUGAAAGAAAACUUAUCACAGACAUUACUGCAGCCUUCGACAUCAUUCAAAGGGCAAAACUCACCCCAAAUUGUAAGCUUGAACGAAGAGAUCGAUCAUCGAGAUAAAAUCAUAUCUGAAUUACAAAGUAAACUCUCAGAAGCUGUUGCCGAAAUUAACGAAGGUUGCUCCGUCAUAGAGAAACUGAAAACGGAUGUUAAAUUAACGGAAGGGAGUAGAAGAAAAAAAGAGCAGCGAGACUGGUUGAGAAAAUAUAAUGCAGCAAAUGAAAAAAUGAAUAAGCUUCAGGAAUUAUUAGAGACUGCAGAGAAUGAUGCGCGAGUUAAGAGCAAAGAAUUAUGUGAGGCUCUUGUUACACUUCGGAAAUACGAAGAUCACGAUCAAGGUUUAACUGACACUCUUCGCGAGUUGAAAGAGGUGAAAGAUCAAUUAAAUCAUAAAAAUGAAUACAUCAAAGACCUUGUGAACGUUAUUAACAAAUUGGAAGCGUUAAACUCACAUCAGGAAUUCCAGAUAACUGCUCUGCGAGAAAAACUUGGAAUGUCUGAUGAAGAUGAAAUUUCAGUAGGUCAUAUUAUCCAAAAGCGGCAAGAAGAACAAAAGAAAAUAAUUGAGCUGGAAUACAUUAAUAAAGUAUUGAAGGAAGAAAACAUGGAUCUUAAAUCAGAUAUAAGAACAUUGAAAUAUAAAUUUAAAAAAUUAGCUACCAAAUUUGUUGGUCAAAGCGGUAUGUCAAUUAAAUCAGACACAAUCGAUAAUCCUGCUGGUUCAGCGAGGAGUUUAUCAAAAUCAGACGAACCUUGGUCCACCGAGCGAGAAAAAGAGUGGUUGUCCGAUAAAAUUGAACUUAGCAAAAUAAAGGAAAACGUGCAACUCGUUAUUGAAGAAAACGAAGCACUUAGAAAAGGAAUGCAUGAAAUAUUGGACAGUAUUCGUAAUCAAGACGCUAAAAGUGCAGUGGAAAUUCAAUCUGAUACCCUGGAAAGAUUACUCGAGGCUUUGGAUGUAAGACAUUUAGCCGGCUGGUACCAUCCAGCUAUGAGAUUGCAGGAACGCCUUAAUGUUGUACAAGGUAUCAACUCUGAGUUAAGGACACAAGUUAAAGAACUGAGAAAAGAAGUGAAGGCAAAAGAUGUUCUCCUUCAUCGUGCCGGAGUCGGAAUUACAUCCACAGAAGAAAAAUCGAAUGCAGAAGAGUUUGAAGCGGAAUCGAAGGUUAAGAUCUCCGAAGUAGAAAAACUGCAGGAAGUCUAUCGAAACGAUUUGGAAGAGUGGCAGAAGAAAACAGAUUUUCUCAAACAGGAGGGCACUGAUCUGAAAGAUAUGAUCAUCAAACUUGAGUUAAAAUUGCAGGAAUAUGAGAACAAUUGGAACGUCUUGGAAUUGAGCGAAGACGACAUUCGCAAUGCACUAGCAUCUAAGAGCCAAGAAUACGUAGAAGCGAUCAUGGAACUCUCCAUGUCCAACCGAAAGUGUUCCAUGCUUGAAGAACUUCUGAGUAAAGAGUCUGCGAAACUAUAUCACGUGCAAAAGGAAACAAUCAAGAAAGAGUGCAAUUUGAAAAAGUAUCUAGCUGAUUCUGAGAAACGGACAAAACUUUUGGAGAGUCAAGUUGCGAUGCUUCAGAGCAAUCUGCUGAAUUCUAUCAGUGUUUUGCAGUACAAUGAACUGAAUGAGAAAUAUGUCGAAUCUAGCAUUCGUCUUCGAGCAGCUCUUGAAGAUCGAGUUCUUCAAAGAGCUAAGAGCCAAACAAUUGAAAAUGAGGAACAUGAACAACCUGAGAAACUUGAGCCUCAGCCGUCAAAGGUUGAUGACAAUGAUUCUAAUCAAUUAGCGGAGGUGAAGAUUAAGUUGCUUGAAGAACAACAACGUGCUGAUCGCUUAUCACAAUUGUACGACAAGUCGCGAAAACAAUUGACCCAAAUCGAAAUGGAUUUAGGUCGAGCUACUGCCUUAAAUUCUGAAUUAAGAGACCAGCUCAUACAGUUGCAUCAGACAGUUACGAACGAAAUGAAAUCGCAAAAUGUGCAGCAAUCGGAUAUUGAGGAGAUGUUGCGUGAAUAUCAGAAACGAGUCGACUCACUGCAUUUGGAGAAUAGGAACUUGAAACAAUUGAAUGAUGUUUCUAAGGAAGAGGCUCAAAUGCACUACACAAUUAAUUCAUUGAAGACUGUCGAAUUGGAUAGUUUGAGACACCAGGUUUUGGAUUUGCAAGCCAUCAGCGAAGACAAAGAGACGAUUGCUAGAUUAGGUUUUGAAUUGACUAAUUGCAGGUCAAUGGAGAUGGAAUUGAGGAAAAAGAAGGAGUUGCUGGAAAAUGAUUUGACGGAGUUGAGGGAAGAAAUUGAGGAAUCUAAGAAGUCUAGUGAUGAGAUGAGGAAACAGAUGCAACAGUGUCGUGAAGAGUGUAAUAAUCGUUGCAGAACUUACAUGGAAAUGAUUCGAUUUUUGCAACAACAAUACGCAGGAUCGACUUCUACGACUGCAUGGGAAAGGUAUGAGUUGAAUUUGACGAAGUUAAUGAGUGAUCGUUCAGAAUGGACUAAAAAAACACAGGAAGUGAAUGAAGGACUUGAAAAAUUGAAGCUACAACAGGAAAUGUUAUCAAAUCGAUUGCAUAUUGUAGAACGUUUGAAAGAUAUGCUAGAACAACAGAUUGGCAGUCCUGAUGUACAUAGUAUAAUGAAUCGUUUUUCGGAAGAUUCUCAACGAACUCUUAGUGAUUUGAAAUAUAAAAGACAAAUUUCACACCAAGAGUACGAGCUGCAAAUUGCGAAUAAGAAACUGUUAGAGUAUGAGGCGACUCUUACCUCGAUAGAAUUUGAGAUGCUUAAUAUGCAGAAAGUUUGGAAAGGAAAACCGGAACGAGAAAAAGAGAUCAUCGUCCAAAUGGAGCCAGAACGCUUGAAUCCGGAAGCUGAAUCAGAAAAACCAGAGCGAGAUUUGAAAAUCCCGAAAGAAAUUGUAAAUGUUAAAGCAGACCAGGAAAAAGAUAUUAUCAAAGUAAAAGAAGAUAUUUUAGAAAAGAAAAUAGAAAUAGUUUCCAACUCGACUCAAACGGAUAUAAUAAAUAGCUCUUCAGUCGAAGUUCAAUGUGAAUUUAAUCUUCGCUGUACUGAAGCAAAUGAUACGAAAAAGAUUAAGGAAAAUGAAAGAGUACAAAAUAAAAAGGAAAUUGAAAAAGAUGAUAAUGUUAACACCUUUAUCAAUGAACAACUAAGCAAGGCAUUGGAACUCGCUUCUGAAAGAUCCGCAGUGAUUCUAAAAUACGAGUCGCAACUUGCAGAAUUUCAGACAAAAAUAAUUUCACUGACUGCAGCUGUUGAAGAAAAAGAUGGGAAACUGCUGGACCGAGAUAAAAUUAUUGAACAAUUGAAAAGCGAUUCGAAUGUAUCAAACGUUGAUGGAUCUGACAAAGAAGCAUUGAAAUCGACAAUAAAUAGUUUGCAAAAAUUAGUUAAUCAAAAAGAAGAGACAGUGUCUAGAUAUCAGAUGUUAUUAAAGGAAGAUAGAGAUGAACAUAGUAGAGCUGCUAGUAGUUUACAAGAGGAAAUUAAACAUCUGCAAGACAAAAUUUCAAAGAUGGAAAAAGAAGCCGUAGAAAAGCAAGUCUUUGAAUUUCCUGAGUGUGAUGACAAACCAGAGAAGGAGGACUCUGCAAAGGAAAAUUUAAAUAAAGAUUUAGAUUCGGAAGUUGACACUGCUAGAUUACAGGAAAGAAUUUCAAUGCUUGAAGCAGAUUUAAAAGCUGCAAAGGAACUUGGACAACGUUGGCAUCGAUUAGCUGAAGACAGACUAAGUCAUAUAGACGACAUGAGAUCAAGACUUGAAGAGCAACAUAAAUUGGAAUUGGAGAGUUACCGAUUGGAACUUCACAAGUGGCAGUGUGAAACAGUUUCGUUAAGACAACAAUUUUCAGAAAAUCGGAUGCAGUUAGCAAAAGAAAAUAUAGCAUUGGCCAAGGACUUGCAAGAGAAAGAUAAUAAGAUUCAAGAAAUGAGUAUUGCAUGCCAGCAAUUGGAGACCGAACUUGAAGUUAUGGAGACAGUAGCGAAUGCUCAACAAGCGACAAAUUAUGAUGUCCGAGAACCCAAAAUGUGCGAGACAAUGCAUAAUUCAAGUCGUGAGCAAGUCAUUAAUCAAUCACAAACUCAAGUGGACUGCCUGCGGCGACAAUUGCAGACAUUACUGGACAAGGAAAGAAUGUACAAGAAUCAAAUCGCAGACUUAAAACAACAGCAAAGUCGAAGAUAUAUGGCAACAAAGACUCAAGAAAAGAAGAUUUCUCAACGUGAACUUCAACUGGAUCGGAAAGUUAAGUCUCUAGAAGAAGAGUUACAGAAAACGAAGGAACAAUUGAAUAGAGAAUCUUUAGUUCAUGAGGUGAAAAAGGCAAAGACAGCAGAAGAAUUGGCAUUAUGGGAAAAGCAGAAAAAAUGGCAACAGACGGCUGAAAAGUUGAAAGAAAAAUUAAAAGAGAAGACUGAAGAAUUGCAAAAAUUACAAACCAAUCACGAAAAACUUCGUUCUAUUGUUUCCUGUAUGGAAAGAGAAAAGUGGUAUUUAAGGAGUAAACUCAAGCUGGAAAAAAACGGAAUGUCUUCAGGAUUUACGUUCUAUCCACCAGUUUCUACGGCUGAUUUAAAUAUUGUUGAAGAUCUGCAAAAAGAGUGUGAUUUACUGAAAAGUAGAGUUAACGAACUUACAGAACGAUUAGUUCAUGAGGAUAGUAGUCAACUUAGGAGCAUAAUUGAAGAACAAAAGAGUCGGAUAUCUGCCUUGGAAUCUGUCGCUGAAGGAAAUGCGCAUGUGUUAAGUCAAUUAGAAAAUUUGGAAUCAAUCAAACACGCUCUAGAAAAGACUAAGUUAAGACUAGAGUCUGAAAACUUUGAACUUCGCGUGGAACUUGAAAAAGCUACUAUGGAUACUCCUAACCUUAGACAAAAAAUUGAACAUUUGGAAAAGUACGUGGAGAUUUUAAAAGUUGAAAAGCUCUCUGAAUCAAUUCCUUUAUCAUCAGAGAGACUUUUGCAAAAGCCAAGUUCAAAAAAAUCAAUACCAGAACUUGAAAAAACGAUUUUUGUUUUGAAAAGAAUAGUUGAGAAACUUGAAGCUGAAAACAAAAGGCUGAAAGCUAAGAAUGGCCAUCGACUGACCCAAAUGGGGAAGUCAACUACUAGAGAUACUGAUUCUACGUUAAAAAAACAGUGUGAGUUAGCAAAGCAACGUGUAGUAAGUUUAGAAACAGAUUUACAAUUAGCAGAACAAAGGAUAGCUAUGUUAGAAAAUAGUCAAAAAUUAUCUGAUGACAAUAAUGGCGAAGUCAGUGAACUAAGACAUCAUUUAGCUCAUAAAUCAGAACUCUUAGAUAAGGUUAAAGUAUUACUUACAAGGGCAGCGAUUAACGAGAAGGCUCUUCGACAAAAGGUACAUCAGUUGGAAAUGAGACAAACACUUAGUACAAUACCAGAAUGCUACGUAACACCGCCAGAUACAACCUAACAAUUCGUAAUGUGAUAGUUGUAGGUUAAAAAUAUAGUUGUA